AUGCGAUUGGUUUCGGGUCAAAAGGCGAUCUGUGUAUUCUUGGACCUUCUUGCCACCACUAUUUGUUUGGCACUCUUUCUGGUAACCUUUACAAUAUCAGCAAAACCAUUUCUUUGUUUUGUUUUGCAGGAUAACACGAGCGGUGAGAAGCAGUACAUCUUCCUGAGCCUCAUUGUCUUCGCCACUGACGCCGCCUGCUUCGCCGUUCUGUUCUACACAGUUUACAUGGGCAUUCGGUCGGGAGGACACAAUUUCAGUCUCUCGGCGCUCUGGACAUUCCUUUUUCCAUUCAAAAAUGUGUACACCGGACAGUUUGGUAAGUCAGAGAACGAUUUCGAGCUCAAUAACUAUUAUUUUUCAGUGUGCAUCGUGUGCAAGGUGAUAUUCGAAGUGUUGAUCGCCGUCCGUCUCACUUGGGCCGAUUCUAUUCCCUACAUUAUAAUAUUCGUUCCGUUCUGGAUUUUUUGCGGCAUUAUUUUUGCAGAUCUCACUCGCCGACUUGUCAGUAUUUAUCAGAAAAGCAACACGCAAAACAGUGUUCGUUGA